UGUUCUUGCAGUUUUCUGCAAAUACACCUUGAUCUAACAAUUUGAAGGAUGGCUUUUUCACCUUCCUUCACUUGCAAAAAUACGCCUAAUGUUUCUCAGUUUGGCCUAACAUCUCUCACAUAUAUAGCCUCUCGAACAUGUAGAAAAAACCUACAUUUACCUUGUGGGAAUGAAGUUAAACUCGAGCCUAAUUUCGGGACAUCAAAUUUGAGGAAAUGUAUCAGCCACCAGAGGAAGCCCAGGAUGAGCACCACAUUAGCAGCAGACUCUGACGUUAAUCAUGAGAUUCACUUCUUGUCUGAUAUCGUCGAGAAAUUUUACAAAUGCAUCAAUCAGGACAACAGGAAGGGGCUAGAAGAUCUCAUCUCUAGAGAUUGUCAGCUUGAGGAUUCGGCUUUCCCCUAUACAAUCAAAGGGAAGAAGGAAGUUAUGCGCUUGUUAAGUCAAUUAACUGAAUCUAUGGGCAAAAAUGUUAUGUUCAAAUUAGGAACUGUUUGUGAAGGAAACGAUGAGCUCACAGCUUCUGUGAAUUGGCAUUUAGAGUGGGAGGAGUCACAAAUCCCUUUCUCUAAAGGCUGCAGUUUUUUCCAGUUCUCGAAUGAAGGCGAUAAACUUGUAAUAAGGAAACUACAGAACAUAACAGAGUCCCCUGUAAAACCGGGUAUAUUAGCUAUGGCUUUGCUUAAGAUUAUCAGAUCACUUUUCGACGAAUUCCCUAAGGCAGCAAAAUGGUUUCUAAACAGUCCAAAUAUCAUACUCCGUGCAGUGUUGAGCAUAUACAGUUUAUUCAUAGCCCCCUUUGUAAACCCAGUUAUAACAUUCUACAUCACACUAUGGAAUAUUGUGGCUCGGACACUUGGCUAUGUGAUGAGUUUUUUGCACAUCAUUGGAAGAAUUUUUAAUAAAAACUCUUCAUCAACUGACAUUUCAUCGACUGAGAUUGAUAAACCAUCUACUGUCAUUGCUAAUGAUACCUCAACUAUGGAAACUGAGCAGGAACCCAGCAGUUUGCCGGAACAAACUUAGGCAUUGCAAGUGCUGUCCUGUUUCGACCAAGAGUCCAACAUAGUAAGGGUAACAAACGGUCCGAAAAUGGGAGGAAGCGGAGGCAGCCAGAUGAAGGCCACAAUUGUUCUCCUUAACUUACCACUAUUCAUUUCAAUUAUUUUUCAGCUCCAACAAAGGAACAAUACCACCUGUUGUAGAUACCAAUAUAGUAAAUGUAAUAGACCUACAAGUUUAUUUGCUCUUCAUUGAGUUUGGUUAUGAUUUUUCUUGUAUCAUUUGAACUCAAUGUCAGUUGCAUCUUUUGAGCUGCUCUACAUUGCUAUAAGGUAUUUGUAAAAACUACAUUAUAAAAUGAAAAGUAU